AUGCGGGCUGAGUUGGCUCGGAGCUGUGUUUACAUGCUACAGUGGCGUUCGGUAAAAGAACUUGGCUUGAUUAAUUUUCGUCGCGAGCUUAACAGUGCACGUUCCCCAGCAGCGGGGGCGACGACGAUGGCUGAUUUUGAAAGCGCUAAUUGCGAACUACACCCUCGCAUGGAACGGGCCUUUGAUGUGCGACGGUUUGGAGCGGCGCGAACAGUCGACGAUAACGAAGUUCCGAAGAUCGGAGGGACUGCGGUGUUCGCGUCACAACGGGGAUAUCCGGCGUUCACGAUGGGCUAUGGGGCCGGGGGAGGAGGGGGAGGGGGAGAUAGGGGGGUGGGGGCAAAGUGUAGACGCGGGACACGGCCGAUGCAUAGAGACAUCGCGCAACCAAGCCGAGAAGCGGUCCAAGUG